ACAUUAUGCUGUAUUCGGUAGUCAUAAAUUAGUUCCACGUUGGACAUGACCGCAAAGUGAGCAACAUGGCUACAAAGGAAAACAAUUUUCCUGUAUUAUACGGAGAAUUAAAUAAAUUAGGACAAAACGGUGAAUACGAGCGGGCAAUAAAAAUUGCUAAUAAAAUUUUAGGUAUUUCCCAGAAUGAAGAAGCAGCUUUUCAUUGUAAAGUUAUUUGCUAUAUUCAAUUAUCUAAAUUCAAUGAUGCACUCCAGCUUAUUACUAAGAAUCCAAAACUAUCAGGCAAUUUGGAUUUCGAGAAAGCAUAUUGUUUAUAUAGAUUGAAUCAAGUGCAGGACGCUUUGAAGGUAGUCGAAAAUGUUUCAAAUCCUUCAUUGAAACUCAAGGAACUGAAGGCUCAGAUACUGUAUAGGCUAGAAAAAUAUGAAGAAUGUUUCUCUGUGUACAGAGACAUUAUAAAGAAUUCUCACGAUGAAUAUGAAGAUGAAAGGGAAGCUAAUCUUGCAGCAGUGGUUGUAAAUUUAGCAAUUGAAGAUUCUAACUUAGAAGUUCCUGCAUUACGCGAAGAUACAUAUGAAUUAAUAUAUAAUACAGCUUGUGGUUUAAUUGCACAAGGUAGCAAAGGUGAUAAAGCCAUCUUGAUUGAGGCAGAGAAAAAGCUUAGAGCAGCUGAGAAAAAGUGUAAAGAAAAUUUAGAGGAAGAUGGAGUUGCUGAAGAAGAAAUAGAAGAUGAAUUAGGAAUUAUUAGAGUUCAACUUGGAUAUUGUCUUCAGCUUCAGGGUCGCGAGAAAGAAGCUCAAACAUUGUACAUUUCUGCUUUGAAAGCGAAACCAGAUGACAUAGCUCUAGUAGCAGUUGCAAGCAAUAACCUUGUGUGCCUUAAUAAAGAUCAAAACGUAUUUGAUAGUAAAAAAAGAAUGAAAAGCGCUACUCAUGAUAGCUUAGAACAUAAAUUAACUUCUAGACAGAGACGGAACAUUGCAUACAAUCAGUGCUUGUUAGCUUUAUACACUGAUCAGGCAGACCAGUGUCAGCAACUUUGCAAUAAACUAGCUAAGGAUCAUCCUGCACUGGCUGUGGAUGCAAUGUUUGUUAAGGCAGUACAACUUGGUAAAGAGGGUAAAGCAAAGGAAGCAGCAAAGCUAUUAAUACGGUAUGCAGUUGGAGAUAAAGAAUUGCAAAUGAAACUGGUUUGUGUGCAACUCUUAUUGAGUCAGGAUGAAAGACAAGAGGCAAUUGAUAUUCUUGAAAAUCUGAGUGAAAGAGACAGAUCAUUACCUGGCAUAGUCAGUGCACUCGUAACUCUUCAUAUGGCUAAUAAUAAUCGUGAAAAAGCGUCAGCUGCUCUAAAAAAUGCAGUUAAUUAUUACAAGAAAAAUAAGGAAGCUACUGCUAAUUUAGGAGAAUUAUGGCGACAAGCCGCUGAUUUUUAUCUACGCGGAGGAGACAUUAAAAUGGCAGCUGAUAUUUUACAAGAAAUGGUAGAUGCUGCGCCUUGCGAUACCAAGACAUUAGCGCAAUUAGUGGUGGCUUAUGUGCAAUUUUGUCCAGAAAAAGCACAAUUGCUAUCAAAACGUUUGCCACCGUUACAUGACCUUUCUGAAACGAUCGACGUUGAUGCUUUGGAGAACAGUAAUUGGGUAAUUGGUACCAAAAUGAUCAAGAAGAAGAUAGAACCAUCUCCUGGUAAACCCGCUGUCGAUAUAACACAAAAGAAAAAGAAAAAACGUAAACGCAAAGGAAAGUUACCUAAGAACUAUGAUCCAAAUGUUCCACCUGAUCCUGAACGAUGGUUACCCAGACACGAACGUAGUGGAUUUAGGAAGAAACGAGAUAGGAGAAAUCGAGAUGCUGCGAUGAAGGGCACACAAGGUGCUGCAGCUGUAGCUAGUGAUAUGUAUGAUAUUACUAAGAUGCCUACAAAUGCGAAACCUUCUCCCAACCCUCGAUAUAGUCCAGCGGUGGAAAGUUCCGGUCCACGACAACAGCAACGUAAGGUUCAACAAAAAAAGAAAAAGAAAGGAGGAAAAUGGUAAAACAAGUAAUUCGUAUUUGUCGAAAACAUGUAUAAUAUUUCAAUAUUGCUAGAAAGAUAGAUGAUCGAACGAUACAUCUCAUUGACGAGUCGUAUAACUUUUUCAAUUAUACAUAUAUUUUUUAUCACUGUACAUAUGUACAGUAAAAAAUACUGCCAUUUUUAAACGAACGUACUACUUUAUACCAGUAUCGUUUGAUCGCUGUAAAUUUUUAACUUCUGAAUUUGUCAUUAGAUUAAAAUGUAACUAGGUUACACCAGGAUUGAAAAUAUACACAAAAGAAUGAUAUAUAAAAUA